AUGUCUCCAUCUCAAGCGGGUGUCUACACGGUCUCUGCUAUUCUCAUCUGUGCUUCUGCUUUUGCGGUGGCUCUAAGAUUUCGUGCUCGACUGCUUAAGCACGUGUCAUUCGAAAGCGAUGACUACCUCGCAGCAUUCUCAAUGCUUUUUGUAUGGGCGCUCGCCAUCGUCUUGAUCAUCGGAGCUGCGAGAGGCAGUUUAGGUACACAUACAAAGCUCAAUCCGCAAACUGGUGGAGUUAUUCCAACAUGGCAUGAGAUUGAUACGUCCAAACUUGCCGGUAUCUCUCAACUUUUGAUCAUUCCAGCUCUCGGUGCGCUUAAAUUGAGCGUUGUUAUGCUCUAUCGCCGAAUAUUUGUCGGUAAAACUUUCAACACAAUCUCUAUUAUCGUUUGCAUUGUAAUCGUAGCAUGGACGAUAUCCUUUUUCUUCGCUACUGUGUUCGAAUGCGGACGAGAUUUAGGAUUACUUUGGCACAGUCUAAAGACCUUCAAAAUGGAUUGUGGAAAAUAUAAAUACAUUCAGCUUGGCCACGCCGCAUCGGAUGUCGCAACUGACUUAAUUGUCCUUGCACUUCCUUUGCCCGUGAUUUGGAAUCUUCAUAUGACCAAGGAGAGAAAAAUCGGUCUAUCGUUGAUUUUCUUGCUGGGUCUACUGUCAACAGCAGCUGGCACCGCUCGUCUUGUUAUUGUGGCGGAAGAUAUUUACGGCGUCGAAACAAACGCCAUGGUAUGGUCAUAUGUUGAAGUAGGUGUGGGUGUCGUGGCAGCUUGUCUGCCAACUCUAAGACCAAUCUUCGGAAGCCGAACUCCAGAGAGUUUAGUGAACAGUGUGCGGUCGGCCGUAACCCUCAAUUCUUUGACUUCCUCAAGAAGGCGGGCUUUUGCCAACGAGUCUGGCAUUGACGGAACUGCUUCAGAACUUAAAGAUUAUGAAAGGCUUACCCGUGAACGGUCCAAUCACGAAGCUGCUUCUACGAGAACUGAAGAGCCUUGA